CGGGCCGGGGCUGGAGAGGGCGGGGCGCUCGGAGAACCUUAAAGAACGCUCCCGGCCCGCCCAGGCCCUGCUGCCGCGGCUCCCACCAUGGCUGAGGCCGGCAAGCUCCAGCUCUUCGUCAAGGCCAGCGAGGAUGGCGAGAGUGUGGGCCACUGUCCCUCCUGCCAGAGGCUCUUCAUGAUCCUGCUUCUCAAGGGCGUGCCCUUCACACUCACCACCGUGGACACCCGCAGGUCCCCGGAGGUGCUGAAGGACUUCGCCCCAGGAUCCCAGCUGCCCAUCCUGCUCUGCGACGGCGACGCCAAAACCGACACGCUGCAGAUUGAGGAGUUUCUGGAGGAGACGCUGGGGCCCCCAGAAUUCCCCAGCUUGGCGCCCAGAUACAGGGAGUCUGCCGCAGCGGGCAACGACGUCUUUCACAAGUUCUCCGCCUUCAUCAAGAACCCGGUGCCCGCACAGGACGACGCUCUGUACCAGCAGCUGCUGCGCGCCCUCGCCAAGCUGGACAGCUACCUGCGCGCGCCCCUAGAGCACGAGCUGGGCCGCGAGCCGCAGCUGCGCGAGUCCAGCCGCCGCUUUCUGGACGGCGAUCAGCUCACGCUGGCCGACUGCGGCCUGCUGCCCAAGCUGCACGUCGUGAACACGGUGUGCGCGCACUUCCGCCAAGCUCCCAUCCCCGCUGAGCUGCGCGGCAUCCGCCGCUACUUGGACUGCGCCCUGCAGGAGAAGGAGUUCAAGUACACGUGUCCCCACAGCGCCGAGAUCCUGGCGGCGUACCGGCCCGUCGUGCGCCCCCGCUAGCGCCCCCCGCCACCUGCCCACUCGUUUGCAGCCCCAUAAAGGCACCUCUGCCCCAGUGAGCACGAAGGGGCAUCGGAGGGACCAGAGGCCCUCAGUUUCUGCCACUACCAAAC